UGAUAAGUAAUACCAAUAUACUAGAACUAAUUGCACAUCCAUCAAGCAACCUUUCCUACAAACACAACCUCAUCUAGCCAUAAUGGACUUAGUUCUAAGUAGCCUACAAAACGCCACAACAAUAAUUGCACUAUUUUCUCUAAUUCCCCUAUGUUUAUUUUUAUUAAGCUUAUCAAAAGAUAGCAAAAACAAAGAGGCACCAAUAGCCAAAGGAGCAUGGCCAAUACUUGGUCACCUCUCCAUAUUUAGUGGCAAACAACCACCUCAUAGAGUGUUAGGUACCUUAGCUGAUAAAUAUGGACCAAUAUUCACAAUCAAGCUUGGUUCCAAACAUGCUAUAGUACUUAACAAUUGGGAACUGGCCAAAGAGUGUUUCACAAAAAAUGACAUGAUCGUUUCGUCUCGUCCGAACCUCGACUCAACGGAACACUUGGCCUAUAAGGGAGCCAUGUUUGCAUUUGGACCCUACAAUCCUUAUUGGCGCGAAAUUCGCAAAAUUGCAACCUUAGAGAUCCUCAGCAAUCGACGAGUUGAACAACAACAACAUGUUCGUGUUUCCGAAGUUCAAACAUCGAUUAAAGAGUUAUUCGAUGUUUGGUCUAGCAAAAAAAAUGAGUCAUGUUCAUCAAACUAUGUGUUAGUGGAUUUGAAGCAAUGGUUUACACACUUAACAUUCAACAUGGUUCUUAGAAUUAUUGUUGGAAAGAGAUAUUUUGGUACAACAAGUAUUGUUGAGGAAGAAGAAGCUCAAAGAAGUGUGAAAGCUAUGGAAGAGAUGAUGCAUUUGCUUGGGAUAAUCACAAUUGGAGAUGUUAUACCUUGGUUGAAAUGGUUUGAUUUCAAUGGUCAUGUAAAGGCAAUGAAAGAAACUUCUAAGAAAUUGGACAAAAUUGUAGGUGAGUGGUUGAAGGAGUGUCGCCAUAAAAGAAAUUUGGGUGAAAAAGUUGAUGAACAUAAUCAAAACAUCAUGGAAGUCUUGCUUUCAUUGCUAGAUGGAACAACCAUUGAAGGGUUUGAUUCGGAUACCAUAAUCAAAGCCACAAUUUUGGUCAUAUUUGGCGGAGGAAGUGAAACAAGUAGUGUUACCCUUACAUGGGUAGCAUGUAUGCUAUUGAAAAAUCCUAUUGUAAUGGAAAAAGCAAAAGAAGAACUUGAUUCUCAAGUUGGCAAAGAGAGAUGUGUAAGAGAAUCAGAUAUAAGUAAUUUGGUAUAUCUUCAAGCUAUAGUCAAAGAAACACUAAGGUUGUAUCCGCCAGGUCCUCUCUCAGGAUCUCGUGAAUUCUCAGAGAAUUGUACCUUAGGUGGUUACAAAAUUAGUAAAGGAACUCGAUUAAUUACAAAUCUUUGGAAGAUCCACACAGAUCCUAAUGUUUGGUCAGAUCCAUUAGAGUUCAAACCUGAAAGGUUUCUUACCACUCAUAAAGAUGUUGAUGUUAGAGGUAAUCAUUUUGAGCUAUUACCAUUUGGAAGUGGUAGAAGGAUGUGCCCUGGAAUAUCUUUUGGUCUUCAAAUGGUGCUUUUCACUUUAGCUAGAUUUUUGCACUCUUUUGAAAUCUCAAAUCCAACACCAAAUCUUGUUGAUAUGAGUGAAUCCUUUGGAUUAACAAACACCAAAACUACUCCACUUGAGAUUCUUAUUAAACCUCGCUUGUCUCUCAAUUGUUAUGAAAUUAUGUAAUUUAGUGUUUACUAUAUAAUUCUUGAUGUAUUGUCUAUCACAAAACUAGUUAUCCUUUAUGUAGUGUUUUUGUUGAAUUUUAUUGUAAGUAUACAAUGUUUAUGUAACAUACUAGAAUUUUAUACGCAA